AUGCAGUCCUCAUUUGAGUUGGUCGUUUGUAUUGCAUCGACCGCACUUUUCGACUGUUCUAAAUCGCAUCGAAUAUGGAAAUGCGAUGGUCUUGACGCAUAUAAAAAAUACCAACGUGAGCAUGCUGAUCAACCUCUCAAGCCCGGUGUUGGAUUUCCACUUGUUCAAUCACUUCUACAGCUGAAUAAAGUUGUAGACAAACCUAUAGUCGAUAUCGUUCUUAUCUCACGUAACGAUGCUGUAUCUGGACUACGCAUCAUCAAUUCAAUCGAAUUUUACAAACUUUCGAUUGAACGAAUGUCAUUCACAUGUGGGGAAGAAGUUACUAAAUAUCUUUCGUGUUGGAAUUGUGAUCUUUUUUUAACUACAGAAGAAGAACAAGUCAGAAAUGUACUUGCUGGUGGACAUCCUCAUUCAUUGCAAGGCAUAGCAGCUGGUUUGGUUUGUAACAUCAUAUCUGAAUCAAUACCUGUUCAACCUGUAACCGUUGCUACAUCUGUUCUGCCUAACGUUUCAUCGUGGCCAAAAGAUCAGGUUCGUAUUGUUUUCGAUGGCGAUGGUGUGCUAUUUCUCGAAGAACCCCAGUCAACAGACUUGAAACAACCUAAUCAGCAAUCGGAAACGAUUUCGCUUGCAAAAGGACCAAUGCAGACGUUCGCUCUCAAAUUGCAGAAUGUGCGUCGAGCCUUAGGCGAGAACAAUGAAUGGCGAAUACGCACUUUCUUAGUUACUUCAAGUAGUGGCGCCAAUACCAUACGACUUAUCAACACUCUGAAAGAAUGGGGCGUCGAUCUUGAUGAGACACACAUCUUGAGCGGAUUGAAUAAGACACCUUUUCUACGUGUUAUUGAUCCCGCUAUUUUCUUCGACAACUCCAAUGAGCAUUCCGAAGCAUUCCUUCAGUUUAUACCAGCUGUUCAUAUUCCUUCUAGUCGUCAAACUAGUCGAGCUAGUAUUGAUGACGUUGUACUGACAAGAUCGCGCCAUAAUACCAAAUCGUCUACAUUCAACGAAGAUGAUUUCGACGAGUCGAAAAGUUGCUGA